CUAGCCAUGUCGCGCCACGGUACCGUGCGAACGGCCGUCUUGUCGCUGCUGCUGGUCUCCAUCUGCUUCGCCAAGCACGCUCGCGGCCAAGCCCCAGACACCCUCGGCUUCAUCAGCAUCGACUGCGGCAGCCCCCCGAGCUCCGCCUACAUCGACGCGAUCACCGGCCUGCCAUACAUUUCCGACGCGCAGUUCGUCGACACCGGCGUGAGCCACAACGUCUCCGCCGAGUACGUGGACGCGAAGCUGCCGAGAAUGUACUACGACCUCCGGAGCUUCCCGACGGGCGCCCGGAACUGCUACACCGUGCGGCCGCUGACGCCGGGCACCAAGUACCUGAUCCGCGCCACGUUCCUGCACGGCAACUACGACGGCCGCGGGCUAGGCAGCGGCGGCCUCGCCGUGUUCGAUCUCCACCUGGGCGUCAACCUCUGGCAGACGGUCAACGUCUCCAGCGUCUCCAGCACUUUCCGGGCGGAGAUCAUCAGCGUCGUGCCGGACGACUACGUCCAGGUCUGCCUCGUCCGCAACCCGAGGCUGGGGCGCGGCACGCCCUUCAUCUCCGGCCUGGAGCUGCGGCCGCUCACCGCGGGCGCGCUCUACCCCGUCGUGGCCAACGCCUCGCUCUCCAUGGCCGUCCACGGCCGGCACAACCUGGGACCCGACGACGAGUCGCUGGUCAUCAGGUACCCGGACGACCCCCACGACCGUAUCUGGAAGGUGCUGGCGAACCUGCGUUCAUGGAGUCCGGCCAACACGACGGCCGCCGUCCGCAACGUCGCCGGGGACCGGUUCGAGGUGCCGUCGGCGGUGAUGCGGACGGCCAUCACCGUGGACGACGGCUUCAACGUGCGCUUCUACUGGGACGCCUACGGUUCCAACAAGGCGCUGGUCUACUUCGUGGCGCUUCAUAUGUCCGAGCUCAGGAAGCUCAACGGCAGCGAGGCGAGGAUCUUCGAGAUCUACCUCAACAACGACCUUUGGUACGGCAAGUCUUUCUCCCCGGAGUACCUGUACAGCAACGCCGUGUUUGGGACGGUGACCGGGAGCACGGAGUACACCUUCAGAAUGGAACCCACCGACAACUCCACGCUGCCGCCGAUUCUCAAUGCGCUCGAGAUCUAUGUCAUGGUGCCCACUGCAGAGCGUGCAACUGACGGAGGAGAUGUGAGUGCCAUUAUGGCCAUCAAGGCGAAGUAUCAGAUCAAGGGGAACUGGACGGGUGAUCCUUGUGGUCCAAAGAUAUAUUUGUGGGACGGUGUGAGUUGUAACUAUGCAAUCUCCAGUCCACCAAGGAUCACCUCUCUAAACUUAUCCUCCAACGGAUUGGCUGGAGAAAUAACCACUGGUUUCAGAAAUCUCACUGCUCUUCAGAACCUGGAUUUGUCUCACAACAGUUUGACAGGGAAUAUUCCUGAAUAUCUAGCACAACUACCUAUGCUUUCUGUCCUAGAUUUGACUGGCAACAAGUUCAAUGGGUCAGUUCCAGAAAAUCUUCUUAAGAGAGCGCAAGAAGGAUCACUGACACUAAGAAUUGAAGCCAAUAUAAGCAGCUCUGGUAAUGGUCCCUUACAUGACCAGCCGGAAGGAACAAAACAUAACACGGCCACUAUUGCAAUUGUCGUUGUGGCUAUUGUCGUGGUUUUUGUACUGGUGGUGGCAAUUGUUACACUGUGCCUUUGCAGGAGAAGAACUGAAAAUGAUCCUUCUGUCAAACCGCUGAAUGGAAGUAACUCCAAAGAAGAUACUGAAGAUGCUGUCUCUUUGCAAUUUGAAAACCGUCAGUUCAAUUACAAAGAACUAAUGACUAUCACAAAUAACUUCGAGAAGUCUAUUGGCAAAGGUGGGUUUGGAGUGGUGUAUCUUGGCUACUUGGAAGAUGGAACCCCGGUUGCAGUCAAGACGCGUUCUGAAUCAUCGUCUCAAGGGGUUAAUGAGUUCUUGACAGAGGCUUUACAUCUGAUCAGAGUUCAUCACAGGAACCUGGUCUCCCUGGUUGGCCACUGCAAGGAUGGACAGCACUCAGCCCUUAUCUAUGAGUACAUGUCCGAAGGGACUUUACAAGAAAAGCUAAGAGUAAAAUCUCCUGACACUGCACCCCUACCAUGGCGCCAACGGUUAAGAAUUUCGCUCGAAUCUGCUCAAGGCCUGGAAUACCUGCACAAGGCAUGCAAGCCGCCCCUGAUCCACAGGGAUGUGAAGACGGCCAACAUCCUCCUGAACGGGAGCAACCUCGAGGCCAAGAUAGCCGAUUUCGGCCUGUCCAAGGCCUUCAACAGCGACCUCCACUCCCAUGUCUCCACACGAGUAGUGGGCACCCCAGGAUAUCUCGACCCCGAGUAUUACACUUCUUUCCAGCUGAGCGAGAAGAGCGACGUGUACAGCUUCGGGAUCGUGCUCCUGGAGGUGGUCACAGGCCAGCCUCCCAUCCUCCCGGAGAGCGUCCACAUCGUGCAUUGGGCGCGGCAACGGCUCGCCAAGGGCGACAUCGAGAGCGUCGUGGACGGCAGAAUGCAGGCGCGGCACGACCUCAACUCCGUCUGGAAGGUGGCCGACCUCGCGCUGAGGUGCACGGAGCAGGCGUCCGGGCAGAGGCCGGCCAUGGCCGACGUCGUCGUCCAGCUCAAGGAGAGCUUGGAGCUGGAAGAGGCUUAUGAGAAGCUGCAUGGCUCGUACACCGGAAGUGGCAAGGUAAACGGGUAUGCGGAAACCAGUGACGCUGGAAGCCAGAGCACGGUGAGUGGGAGGAUUGCAGAUUUGGCGGGUGGUCCAGCGGCUAGAUAAGAUUGGCGUGGAUGAGGUUGUGAAUUGUAAUUUAUCCGAGAUUUUCCUGCGCAAUUACCAUCGUACCAGGACCAGGACAGGACGUAUGCUGGCGUACGUAUGCUACACCAGCAAAGUGUCAAAUCGUUCGAAAUUGAAGAGACGGAUUGGUUAGGA